AUGGAACUUGAGACUGCGCAGGACAUCAGGAACCGUACGGUUGAGUUCCAGCAGUGUGUGACUACUUUCAACAAAAGAAUAAACAAAUCUCAACAUCAAAAUAAUCAACAAGUUGCACCUCCAAACAUUAAAAGAUCUGAAUUUCAACAAAGAGCUUCAAAGAUUGCAAAAGAUAUAUCGCAUACCUCGGAACUAUUGGGUAAGCUAGCAUUAUUGGCAAAAAAGAAACCACUAUUCGAUGACAAACCUAUUGAAAUUUCAGAGUUGACAUAUGUUAUCAAACAAGAUAUUGUGAAGAUUGAAAAGAAUUUGAAAAACCUACAAGAUUAUUUAAAGACAGGAAAUGAGACAAGCAAUGAAGAGUUGAAAACAAAUUCCAAAAAUAUCGUUCAAUUAUUGAAUACAAAGAUGAAGAACGUUAGUGGUAAUUUCAAAGAAGUUUUAGAAACUAGACAAAAAAAUGAGUUAGAAAAUAAAUCAAGAAAAGAGAAAUUUUUCUCUACAUUACAACAACAGCAACAACUUACAAAUCAUGCUACAACAGUAGCAUCUGAUAAUCCCUUCCUAAUGGACACACCUUCAAAUGGGGGUGAAAACAAUGCAUUGUUAUCAUUACCACAAGACCAACAAUUACAAUUACUCGAAGAACAAUCAUCACAGUAUAUGCAAGAUCGUAAUUUGGCAGUGGAGACUAUAGAGAGUACAAUUAAUGAGGUUGGUAAUUUAUUUCAACAAUUGGCCACAAUGGUUAAUGAACAAAGUGAAGUUAUUCAAAGAAUCGAUACGAAUGUUGAAGAUAUCGAUUUAAAUAUAACUGGAGCACAAAGAGAAUUGUUGAAAUAUUUCAAUAGCAUCAAUCAAAAUAGAUGGUUGUAUUUGAAGAUUUUUGGUGUUCUAAUAAUAUUUUUCAUCUUAUGGAUUCUGGUGAAUUGA